GUGGCAGUUGCUUCCGGGGAAGCACCGAAUCUUGCCGACACCGGCUCCCGCUAUUAUCUCCAUCCAUAUCUCCUCCUCCAUUUUCUCCUCUCCACUCCCCACUCCUUCCCUUUUUCUUUUGUUGUCGUAUCGUCUGUUAGGUCCGCCGGUCGCCCAUCAUGUCUGACAAGUCGCAACAACCCCUCCCCUUCGUCUACCAGUUUGCCGCCGGUGCGGUGGCUGGUGUCUCUGAGAUCCUGUUGAUGUACCCAUUGGACGUUGUCAAGACUCGUGUGCAACUUCAGAGUGGAACCGCUGCCGGCGGUGGUGAGCACUACAAUGGCAUGCUCGACUGCUUCCGCAAGAUCAUCAAGCAAGAAGGUUUCUCCCGUCUGUACCGUGGUAUCUCCGCGCCUAUUCUGAUGGAGGCUCCCAAGCGUGCGACCAAGUUCGCAGCCAACGACAGCUGGGGUACUUUCUACCGCGGCCUUUUCGGUGUGGAGAAGCAGACCCAGAGUCUGGCGGUUCUGACCGGUGCGACUGCCGGUGCAACCGAGUCUUUCGUCGUGGUGCCAUUUGAGCUGGUCAAGAUUCGUCUGCAAGACAAGGCUUCCGCUGGCAAGUACAACGGCAUGUUGGAUGUGGUGAAGAAGAUCGUCCAGCAGGAAGGCCCUCUUGCCAUGUACAACGGUCUUGAGUCCACCCUCUGGCGUCACAUUCUGUGGAACGCCGGUUACUUUGGCUGUAUUUUCCAGGUCCGCGCUCAGCUGCCCAAGCCCGAGCCCGGCAACAAGGGCCAACAGACCCGCAAUGACUUGAUCGCCGGUACCAUCGGUGGUAUUGCCGGUACCCUCCUCAACACCCCCAUGGACGUCGUCAAAUCCCGGAUCCAAAACACCACUAAGGUCGCUGGACAGACCCCCAAGUACAACUGGGCCUGGCCCGCUCUGGGCACCGUCAUGAAGGAGGAGGGUUUCGGAGCCCUAUACAAGGGCUUCAUCCCCAAGGUCCUCCGUCUGGGCCCCGGUGGUGGUGUCCUUCUCGUCGUGUUCACCGGCAUGAUGGACUUCUUCCGUAAGAUGCACUUCGAACAAUCCGUGUAGUCUCUUCCGGCCGUCAUCCUGCAAAAUUAUACCAUUGUUUUCAUACGAAGUCGCGUUGUCGAAGGGUUUUCGAGCGAAAUGAAUCUUUUUCUUCCAAAUUUAAAUCUCCGGCGAUCCACCCGGGAGCCCGGCCUUGAUAUGACUAUUCCAUGUGGGAUCUGGACUUGGAAAAAGCUGGUGUCUGCAUCAUUUUUUCUGAUUCUUGUUGCGUGCCGUUUUGUCAAUACCCUUUGGUUUGUCCGUAUCGGGUAUCAAAGUAGAGGUUGGGCCUGUAAACGCAUAUAGAAUCGAAUUGAGCAUAUAUUCAACCAAGAUAGCACGUUUUCCUGAAACUAAGGACCCCUCACGUGCUCAGAAACCAGUUCCAGCUGACAAGGUGGAUUUCCGCUCCAGACCUUGGCCCAUUUUUG